AUUUGCUGAUAACAUUGAACUUAGACAGCUGUCCUAUUACAAGAAUUGAAAUUGGAUUAGUGUACUGAUUACAAGGAUGAACAUUAUUUUAGAACAAUAUCAACCUUUUCUAAACAUAUUACUCCGUAUUAAAAAAAUAUGAAUACAAUGUUUUCUAUUGUUAUUAUGCAGCGCCAAUGAUUUACAUGGGAAUUUACCAUUUGUUUUACCAGUACAAUCCCGACGGUGCAGACUGGGGAAACAUAUCGUGGGGCCACGCAACUUCAACUGAUCUUAUCAACUGGUCCCACCAACCACUGGCCCUGGUUCCAUCUGAGCCGUCCGAUAUCAACGGCUGCUGGUCCGGAUCCGCAACCAUUACCCAAUACGGGUACCCACUGAUUCUCUAUACGGGCUGCGACGCCCAGAAAACCCAAGUCCAGAAUCUCGCCUCCCCCUCAAACUUAACCGACCCGUAUCUGAUAGAGUGGGACAAGAACCCGAACAACCCGGUAAUCUCACCCGCCACCGAUAACAUCAACGGCAGCGCGUUCAGAGACCCGAGCAGCGGAUGGUUGACUCCGGAGAAUCAAUGGCGGGUCCUCGUCGGAAGCAAAUCCGACCGCCGCGGGAUGGCUCUUCUGUACAGAAGCUCCGACUUUGUGAAUUGGGUCAAAGCAGAGAAGCCCUUCUUUUCAUCCGAGAAUACGGGCAUGUGGGAGGCCCGGACUUUUUCCCGACGGAUUUUCCAGACGAGGACUCGAAGUUCGUCCUUAAGGUCAGUUUGGAUGACUGUAAACGGGACUACUACGCGAUUGGGUCGUAUGGGGGUCCGGAAGAUGACGUGUUCAUACCCGAUGAGGGGUCUGUCGGGUUUGGGGAUGAAAACACUGUUUGUUCGUCUCGAUUGCUGAUGUUUGACUAUGGGAAGUAUUACGCUUCUAAGUCAUUCCUUAUCGCCGGUUAUACGCCCGAAAGCCGGAGGAUCCUGUUCGGAUGGGUCAAUGAAUCCACAGAUGCGUCCAUUUAUACCGGGGCUGGGUGGGCGGGUCUCCAGGCAAUUCCAAGGCAGGUAUGGCUUGGUGCAUCUAGAAAGCAAUUGGUGCAAUUGCCAGUAGAGGAAAUAAAGCAGCUAAGAGAAAACCAAGUUAGCCUACCAAGUGCAAUCCUACAAGCAGGGUCAGUUAUUGAAGUUCCUGGUGUCAUGGGCUCACAGGCGGAUGUUGAACUUGAAUUCGGUGACCCAAUGCUGGAGAAAGCAGAGGAGCUGAAACCCGAAUGGACUACCGAUCCACAAGAGCUGUGCAGCCAAAUGGGUGCAUCAGGUAGAGGCAGUCUUGGACCUUUCGGAUUGCUAGUCCUGGCGUCACAGGACAUUCAAGAAUUCACAGCAGUUUUCUUCAGAAUUUUCAAAAAUGUGGACAAAUACAAAGUUCUCAUGUGCAGUGACCAAACCAGGUCUUCAUCUAAUCUGGAUUAUGACAAAACUACAUAUGCAGCCUUUUUGGAUGCUGACCCUCUUGUGGAGAAGCUCUCUCUUAGAUGUUUGAUUGAUCAUUCAAUUGUAGAGAGCUUUGGCGGAGGAGGGAAAGUUUGCAUCACGUCUAGGGUUUAUCCCUCCACUGCAAUCGAUACUGAGGCACAUCUAUAUGCUUUCAACAAUGGAACUGUGGACAUAGGGAUUUCUAGCUUGAAUGCUUGGAGCAUGAAGAAAGCAAAUAUCAACUGAUUUACAAUAUCACCAACCAAUGGGAUUUAUUUCCAUUAUUGUAUCUUGUGAUUUGAAAUAAACAAAUGAAAAAUUGUGACCAUGCAUGAAUUGGAUAGAAUUAAUAACAAUUUGAAAUAUAGUAGGGUUAUGCAUAACUAAUCAUCUCGAACUAUAUAUAGUAAAAG